AUGGCAGAGAGGCGCCGACCCAUUGUGGGCGUCUCUACCAAGAUGUACUUUUCGCUGGCGCGCACGCGCGAUUAUACCAAGGCCCUGAUCCAGCGUUUUGCCGCCGACGAGGACGCGAACACGAUAGACCAGCGCGGCCGCCUGCUCGACCGCGUCGACGUCUUUGUGCUGCCCGACUUUGUGUCGCUAGCCGCGGUCGUAGGGCGUCUGCAGGCGUCGGGAUUGGGUCUGCAGGCGGGCGCCCAGGACUGCGGCUCCGAUGACUACGGCGCCUUUACCGGCGUCAUCUCGCCGGCCGUGUUGGCCGAGCUGGGCGUCCGCAUCGUCGAGAUUGGCCAUGCCGAACGCCGCCGCCUCUUUGGCGAGACCGAUGCCAGUACCGCUGCCAAGGCGACUGCCAUUGUCCGGAAUGGCAUGGUGCCGUUGGUGUGUAUUGGGGAGGACGAUGGAAACGGCGAAAUCAGCGAAGACGAACGAGUCCCCUUGGCUAUCGCUACUGUCGUCGCCCAAGUCACACCCGUCCUCGCUGCCAUCCCCGAUGACGCCGACGUUCUGCUCGCCUACGAGCCCGUCUGGGCCAUCGGUGCCGCCAGGCCCGCCAGCGCAGCCCACGUCCGCGCCGUCGUCACAGGCCUGCGCGCUUCGGCGGCCGUCCGGCGUCGCGCUGCUGCCCGUACCCGCAUCCUCUACGGUGGCAGUGCCGGACCUGGCCUGUUCACCCAGCUGGCCGGCGUCGUCGACGGGCUCUUCCUCGGUCGCUUCGGCCACGACCCAGACAUCUUCCUGCAGACGGUCCGGGAGGUGGGAGAGCAUGCAUAG